AUGUCAACCCCAUCUUCCCACCUCAAAACCUCUCAUCCGGUUCAACUUUUCUCCGCCAUAAAACCUUCACAUGAUCCUCCAUCACCAUCUUCUUCAGCCUUAAGCUCCAUGAAGGUCAAGAGCCUCAUGCACACCCUCAUAGUCUCACACAUGUGCCGCAUCAUCCGUGCACUUUCCAAACUCAAAGCUGCAAUCAUUCAAACCCUCAAGAAAAACCAGUCCAACAACAUUCACUUGAUCAACCACACAAACCAAAAGAUGACCAAGAAAAUCAUUUCUGGAUCCUUCAGACUUCACUACAACUGGUGCUCCUCCAAAUCCUCUCAAGUUUUCAAAGUCCCCUCAAGGGUCUUUCAGGGAUUGUCGAAUCCUGGUGAUGCCGAGCUUUUGUACGAGGAAUGUCACGGCAACUCGCAGCUUGCAGGCUAUUUGCGGUGGCUGGAAGAGAAGGUUUGUGACGAUGACGAGAAUGACAACAAAGGUUGUGAGGCUAACGAAAUUGAUAUGCUGGCGGAAUUGUUCAUUGCGGAUUGUCAUGAGAAGUUUAGGUUGGAGAAGCAAGAGUCUGAUAGAAUGUUCCAUGAAAUGUUGGCUAGAGGCAUGUGA